CGUCUAUCCGGCAGUCAACCUUUACGACCCGAACUUCAACACCACAAUAGUCACAGAAACCCUUAAACUAUCCCUACAAUUCUCUUUAACCUCCUGUAAUCACAUCCGCCGUCAAGAACAAAGGGAAUAAUAGAGAGAUGCCCACGACAUCAAACCGAAUAACCAAACCACUGAAGCGCGGGGGCGUCCGACGCGCAUCACGCAACAAACCAAACCAACAACCCUCACCAACCCUCCAAACCAAGCUCCAAGCCCUCAGUCCCCAGCAAAAAGCCAAGCCACGACCUCGACCACCUCAAGAGCAGCCCCUAAUCGAGCGCACCAACAACCUCCCACUAGACGAAUUCAUCAACCUCUACGUCGCGCAAGAGGACUUGAGCAUCACCGCGAAGGCGCAAUUAGAACCGCAACAGGAGAAGCAAGAGCAAAAGCAAACCUACGCGCUCGACCUCUACACAGCAGCGAGCCUCCCAGCGCGCGUCUUCGAGCAAUGCUUCGCGCUAAUCGAGGAGACGUCCGCGACCGCGUACCGGGCGUCCUCGAUCGGCUGGUCACCGCCCAAAAAGCGGAGUGAGAUGCGGUUGCCGGAUAUGAAGUAUCUGGUUUUACGGCGGGCAUCAUCCGGUGGGGAGGGGGGAGCUGAUUCUGGGCCUGAGGCUGAUGCUGAGGCCGACGUGCUGGGCUUCCUCUCGUUCAUGGUCACGUACGAGGACGGCUUCGAGGUCGUCUACUGCUACGAGGUGCAUCUGGCGGCCGCGAUGCAGCGGCAGGGGCUCGGGGCGCAGCUGAUGCGCGUGUUUCUACGGAUCGGGGAGCGGGUGGGGAUGCAGAAGGCCAUGUUGACGGUUUUCAGGGCGAAUGGGGCGGCAAUCCGGUUCUACGAGCGGUUGGGGUUCCGGGUCGAUGAGAGCUCGCCCCGGCCGCGGAGGUUGCGGAAUGGGACGGUCAAGGAUCCGGAUUAUCGGAUUCUGUCGCGGGUUUAUGAUCAAUGA